CCUCUGGUGCUUGCACUCUACAUAUUUCUUCCACGUCAAUCAUCAACUGGAUCGCAACACCUUCCUAUGGCGUCCACCAAACAGCUAGAAGACACAUUGCCACGUUGCGAUUCCUACCACAAUCGCGCCGGCGACACUCUAAGCGGCCAGUGGCCAAUCUACUCUCUAGUCGCAUUCGACGAACCGAGUCUCAAGCAAGUUGAAACCGACAUCAAUGAGGCUGAAGACAGUACAAGCAACUCUAUACUUAUGACCGAACCCGACCUCUCAAAUAGCACUCUUCGUGAUGUCUAUGAUCACCACAUUCGACUUCGCGACGAGAACGAUAAGAUUCAUCACACUCUUUCUAUUGCGGUGGAUCAAAGUGACUAUCAGGCAAACGGUGUCCUUGUAGUUGAUCUGAAAGUCAUGACAGACACUUCCCAAACAGUCAUUGGCGUCUUACGCUGCGGAUACGACGACGCAGACUUAUACUGUGCCAACCUCGACAUUGGAAACAUGAGCUUCAUUGACUACAAGAAGGAAGAGCAAAGACUUUGGGGCGGCGAUGAUCCGUACGAGAAUCAGCGUUAUUUUAGCAGGGAUGCUGCUUCGCCGGCUCCACCUUCGGACGAACAGCACUAUGCAUGGUAUAGUAAUGUCGAGAUGGGUGGCCCAAUUCAAGACUUGUUAGAGCCAGGUUGGAUCGACAUGAUCGAAGGAGAAUCUAGACUUCACAGAGUAGGUGGUUGGUUCAACUUCCCGGAUCCCUGGCACGAGAUCAGACGUCAAUUCCCCUAUCACUGCCUGCAGCAGCCCGAGCUGCAUCGAAAACUCUUUCUUGUGGCAGAAAAAGCUGGCAACGAGCCUGAUGCGCUCUCGAUCUGCAAGGCAGAAUGGAAUGGUGAUCUUGGGAACUACCAUUACGACCCAAACUCUCACGAAGGUCGGACCCGCGAUCGUGAAAAGAUGUUUGCGAUCAUGCCGGAUAUAAGUGUAGUGAAGAAGGUCAGACCGGGAGAGGCGCUUGAUGAGUUGGAUAGGCUGGUGUGUAGUGCGCACACAGGAAAUGAAUGUCCCAUAAGUCCACACUCAAGUCGACUUGAAGAAUUCCUGUAUUCCCAAUAA